UAAAUGAUGAAGAUAUAGAUGACGAGGAAACAAAUGAAGAAUUUUAUGAAGCCACAUACACAUAUGUGAUGGCAAUUUAUGCUUUAAUAGAUAUAUUAAAUCAGUUUUUGAAUAUGAUGCGUGGUGAACAUAUUGAACGUCCAUUAACUCGACGACAAAUUACUAGUCGGGGAUAUGACUAUAUACACAAAGCAUUAAACGAUGAUCCUGCAAUCUUUCGACAAGUAUAUAGGAUGUAUCCUGAUGUCUUUUGAAAGUUGUGCACGAUUAUAAGAGAAAAAACACCUUUGGAGGAUACAAGAUUUAUUUGUGUUGAAGAAAUGCUUGCAUCAUUCCUACAGAUUGUCGGCCAGAACACUCGAUAUUGUGUAAUCUGCAAUACAUUUGGCCGAUCACAAUUUGCUACAAGUGAAAAUUUUCACAAGAUUUUGAAAGCUCUGAACUCAUUAGCACCUGAUUUAAUGGUUAGACCAGGCUCAACUGUGCCUGCAAAAAUAAGGGAAAGCACAAGGUUUUAUCCUUAUUUUAAGGAUUGCAUUGGAGCUAUUGAUGGUACACAUAUUCCCGCAUCAGUAAAAGGACGAGAUGUAAGCAGUUAUCGUGAUCGUCAUGGAAAUAUAUCACAAAAUGUAUUAGCUGCUUGUAACUUUGAUUUGGAAUUCAUGUACGUUCUUAGCGGGUGGGAGGGUUCAGCACAUGAUUUCAAGGUGUUAAGUGAUGCUUUGGCAAGGAAGAAUGGACUUAAAGUGCCCCAAGGUAAGUAUUAUCUGGUGGAUUGUGGAUUUCCUAAUCGACGCAAAUUUUUAGCCCCAUAUCGAGGUGUACGAUAUCAUCUACAAGAUUUUGCAGGUCACGGUAAUGACCCUGAAAAUGAAAAGGAAUUAUUUAAUCUUCGGCAUGCAUCCUUAAGGAAUGUGAUUGAGAGGAUAUUUGGUAUUUUUAAAUCGCGGUUCACAAUUUUUAAGUCAGCACCUCCAUUUCUAUUUAAAACACAAGCAGAGCUUGUGUUGGCAUGUGCAACACUUCAUAAUUUUCUUCGCAAAGAAUGUCGUUCUGAUGAAUUUCCAGUGGAACCUACUGACGAGUCUUCAUCUUCAUCUUCAGUGUUACCAAAUUACGAAGACAAUGAUCAUGAACCCAUUGUUCAAACACAAGAGCAGGAACGAGAAGAUGCUAAUAUAUGGAGGACUAAUAUAGGUUCAGAUAUGUGGAGAAAUGCUAAUAAUUAGGCGAACAUGAAGUGAGAAUCACUUUGUUAUUAUUUUUUUAGGCAAUAAUGACUUUGUUAUUAAAAGGUUUAAAAUUUCUAUC